AUGCUUGAGUGUAAACCUUGUGACACUCCUGUUGUUAAAGAAUCUAGAGCUUCUAUCCAUAAUGGUGUUUUGUUAGAGAAUCCAGCAGAAUACAGAACAUUAGUUGGUAGUUUGCAGUAUUUAACAAUGACUAGGCCAGAUAUUGCUUUUGGAUUUAAUUAUGUGUCCCAGUUCAUGCAUGCUCCAACUGACAUUCAUUUCUUGUUAGUCAAAAGAAUUUUAAGAUAUCUAAAGGGCACUAUUGGUCUUGGUCUUACUCUAAGAAAAGGUGAUCUUUCUUCUGUAAAGGCUUAUAUUGAUUCUGAUUGGGCUGGAUGCCCUGAUACAAGGAGAUCAACAUCUGAUUAUGCAGUUUUUAUAGGCAGUUCUCUGAUUUGUUGGUCUAGCAAGAAGCAACCAACUGUUUCUAGGUCUUCUGCUGAGGCAGAGUAUAAACGCUUAUCUGCGGCUGCUUCUGAGUUAGAAUGGCUGUCAAAUGUUUUUAAGGAAUUGCAUACUUCAGUUAAUUUGUCAAUGCAGGUGUUUUGUGAUAAUACAUCUGCAAUUUGUUUAGCUUCUAAUCCUGUGUUUCAUGCCAGGGCCAAACACAUAGAAGUUCAGUAUCAUGUGGCCAGAGAUCGGGACUGUGUUCACCUAUUUUUUUUCAUUGCUUCAUCAAUUUUUGGAGAUACUUCAAGUGCUGCUGUUGAAGAUCUUGAGUGUCAGCAUUCUUCAUGUAUUGCUUGUGAAGAAGAACUCUCUGCUGACAAUAACUUUGUAUUGUUCUCUGGUUUAGCUUUUCAGUAA